AUGGCUUCUCCUUCUGGGACUUUCGAUUUCAUCAUCGUUGGUGGCGGGACAGCGGGUCUUGUGCUGGCCACACGCUUCUCCGAGAGCCCGGCACUGGGUCGUGUGCUCGUGAUUGAGGCUGGUGAAGACCUGACUGAGGACCCACGGGUGAAUAUUCCUGCAAUGGGUGCUGCCUUAAUGGCGAACUCGGCCAACUGGGCGCUUGCGGCUGUGGUGCAGACGGGACUCAAAGGCCGAACUGCGUCAGUGCCCCAAGGUCGUAUGCUUGGUGGCUCAAGCGCAUUUAAUGGCUUUGCUUUCAUGCCGCCCUCGAAGUCGACAGUCGACAUGUGGGCCAAGCUUGGCAACCAAGGCUGGGACUGGUCUAGCUUUUCCAAGUCAAUGGCUCAAGCGUACAGUGCCGGAGCCCAAGGCCAGGGACCUAUUCAAUUGUCCAUUCCUAACGAGGAGGACUGGAAGUGGCCAGCCGCCUGGCGCGAUACUCUUGCCGGACUCGGAUACCCAACGACGAGUAAUCCAUAUGAUAAUAGUGGAAGUUGCUUUGGGGCGAUCUUGGUGGGCGACUCUAUCGACCCAGACACGAAACAGAGAAGCUACGCUGGCAACGCCUACUAUGGUCAGGCGAAGUCUCGGGACAGCUUGACGGUAUGGGUCGGAAUCACUAUCGAAAAGAUCUUGUUCAAUAAGAACAAAGAUAAUCAUGGACGUGUUCGAGCCAUCGGUGUCCAGUACAAAGAUGAAAAUGGACAGACCAAGACCGUCACUGCGGACAAGGAAGUCAUCCUCGCCGCAGGCGCCAUCAACUCCCCAAAGCUGCUGGAACUUUCUGGUAUUGGGGAUGAAGCACAGCUUCGGCUACUCCAGAUUCCCGAUAUUGUCGUUCAUAACCCUUUUGUUGGGGAGAACCUGCAAAACCAUGUCAUGUGCUCCCUGUGCUUCGAGGUCCGCCCGACCAAGGACCGAGGGUAUGAGACUACGGACAGCAUCAUUCGACAGGAGCCAGCUGCCCUUAGUGCUGCUAUGGAGGCCUACGGGAGGCAGACAGGUCCACUGGCUAGGAGCGGUACAAAUGCUAUAGCUUUGCUGCCACUUCCGGGUAUCGAGAGUGAGCAAGGCAAACAAGAGAUUCUUCAGAUAUUGGAAAAGACUGUUACACUUCCCGGAGCCAGCGCCGGGGACGGGAAAUCACGGCCUUUUCUCAAAGAGCAAGAGGAUUUUGUGCACAGGAUCCUCAGCUCUCCGCACGAGCCAUCUGGCCAUUACAUAACCUUCUCUGGCUUUGCUGUAGUGGCCGCCGAUGGUUCCAUAGCCGGUCCUCCUCCCGGAGACGAGCGUUAUUAUACUAUUGCCCCGUCUCUAUCACACCCUCUGUCUCGAGGUUCAGUUCACGUGUCAUCAGCGUCUGCUUCUUCAGCUCCUACGAUCGAUCCCAACUAUCUGUCUCACCCUCUAGACAUCGAGGUCCUUGCGCGUCACUUCCAAUUUGCGGCCUCGAGAAUCGCCAGCACCGAGCCGCUUGCAAGCCAUCUCACUCGAAAGCUGGGAACCUCAUCUGAUACAACCCUUGAUGACUUCAUACAUCUAGACAAGACGAAAGAGUAUCUUCGCAACAACGCGACAGGUGCUGUUCAUUACGUGGGCAGCUGUUCUAUGAUGCCCCGGGAACUCGGCGGCGUCGUUGACUCCAAGUUGAGAGUUUAUGGAUGUAGUAAUUUGCGUGUCUGCGAUGCUAGCAUCGUGCCUAUUAUUCCGAGCUGCAAUAUCCAAGCAACAGUAUACGGGGUUGCUGAACAUGGGGCGAGUUUGAUUAUGAGUGACUACAUUUGA